CGGAAAAGACCAGGAAACGGCAAGAUGGCGUUCGACGGAGAAGACUUAUUGUGGUUAUGAUAGUUAGUACUUUGGUCUUAAUCCGUAGGUACAUGUACACAUAUAUGCUGUUUAAUAGUGCAAACUUCGUUAAUAUUUGUUUGUGUCGGAUAUAUUAGUCUGAGCGCACUUUGACGCUUUCCGCGCGAGUUUAGCUUGCUAGUUAACUUAGCUUAGCUUGCUAGUUAGCUUAGCGUGUUAGCUGCUAACAAAGAGAGGCGGAAGUGGUCAAAACACAUCGCUAAGCAGAGAUCAAGUGUGAGUGUAAAGUGUUGUGAUUGUGUGAAAAUGUGCGAAAGAACGAUAGCAGAGUACGAGGAGGAACUACUGGACGCUGUUUUCGAAGACUAUGAAGUUUUGUCUCAAAGAACAGACCAGCAGCCCCCCCACAUUAAAGAGGAAGAGGAGGAAGUGUUGAUCAAUCAGGAGGAAGAGUGUCUUCUAGGGCAGGAGGAGGCUGAUCCCACCAAGUUUCCACUGACGGUUGUCUCUGUGAAGACUGAAGAGCAUGAAGACAAACCACCUGAGUCCUCACAGCUUCAUCACAGUCCAAAUGUCUGUGAAGAACAUAUUCUCCCUGAGCAGCAGGAGUGGACCUCCAGGACAGAGCAGGAGGAGCCACAGCGCCCCUAUAUUAAGAAAGAGGAGGACCCAAAGCCGCCCCACAUCAAAGAUGAAGAGGAGGAGUCACAGCACCACCACAAUAACAAGGAAAAAGAGGAACACAGCGAUGAUCUUAAAGGACUGGAGGAGGUUGAUGUCACCAAGAUGCCAGUGACUGGUGUCCCUGUGAAGAGUGAAGGUGAUGAGGUCAAAGGUGAAAGUGAGGAGAAGAGAGAGGCGGAGCCUCCAAGCAGCAGCUCAACUCAACACAUGACAACAGAAGCUGAUGGAGACCACUGUGGAGGAUCACAAGCAGACAAGCUCUUAGCUCCACUAUCAGAUAGUGAGGACACAACGUCACACUCUCCUGACACUGAUGAUGAAGACUCUAAAGAUGAUAAGACAUGUCACACUGACAACACACACUUCACAUGUUCUCACUGUGACAACAUUUUUAAAUACCAGAGUCUUCUGGUAAGACACGUGAGAACACACACUGGAGAAAAACCUUUUUCAUGUUCAAUCUGUGGUAAAAAACAUACUCAAAGGCACCAUGUCAAAGAACACAUGAGAAUACACACUGGAGAAAAACCUUUUUCCUGUUCAAAAUGUGGUAAAAGUUUUCAACGAAACGACGUGUUGAAAGAUCACAUGAGAAUACACACUGGAGAAAAACCUUUUUCCUGCUCAGAAUGUGGUAAAGGUUUUGUACAACGUAGCUCUUUGAAAGUACACAUGAGAAUACACACAAGAGAAAAACUCGAUACCUGUUCAAUCUGUGGUAAUACCUUUGUAGGAAAACAAAAUUUAAAAGCACACAUGACAACACACACUGGAGAAAAACCUUUUUCCUGUUCAGUAUGUGGUAGACAUUUCGCCCAGAAACGAUAUUUGGAUGAACACAAACAACGACACACUGGAGAGAGAACAGUUUCCUGCUCAGAAUGUGGUAAAGUUUUUACACAUAAAUAUAAAUUAACAGUCCACAUGAGAACACACACUGGAGAGAAAGUGUUUAGUUGCAGUGUGUGUGGUGAAAAAUUUUCUUAUGAGAAGCAGUGUAAGAAACACAAGUGUGCUGGUGAGAACAGCAGCAGCAAAUGAAGUUGCAGGAUUUGAAAUAAACUGUCAAAACUUUGUUAACUUUGACUUUCUAACAACAUCAGCACAUGUAACAUAUAAUGACUGUCUCAGAAUCCUGCUCGGAAAGCCCAUUUAAACUGAUGUUUAAAUGUAUAUGUAGACUGCAGGGGUCCAAGAAUGAUCUUAUUAUACAGAUAACCAAUCCUAGGUGUAAUUCUGUUAGGUACCAAUCCUGUAUAUGGAAACACUGGUAUCUGUGCCUUUUAUAGAAUG